CUCUCCGGGCAGCAUGGCGUCGCCCAGCGACAAGAAGCAACCGGCUCAGAAUCUGAGGCAAGCUGCGUUAGUAGGUAGAUGAGACCACUGAGGCUCGGAGAGGUUAAGGCUUUCUCCCGCGGUCACGCCACAGGUGAGCAGGUGGUUGUCCAACAAGCAGAGGCAUGAGCUGGGCCCGUGCCAUCCUGCUAGCUCAGGGCCUGUCUCGGAGCUGGAGAGGCAUCUGUGGUACCACCCUCACAGGAGCCCCCUUCUCUCAGGUACCCUCCCAGACCGCUCGAGGCCUCCACUGCAGUGUAGCCACCCACAGCUCUGACUCAUCUCUGGUCCCAAGCCCGCCUGAGCCCCUGCGGGUACCCGCUAAGGCCCCAUCACCCUACGAAGAGCUGUUUAGGCAGGCACCAGAUGGGACCUGGGACAAGGCCAGCUUUGUGCGAGCCGUGCAGAACUUCGGGCAGCAUAACGUGCACAAGCGGGGCCACGUUGACUUCAUCUACCUAGCCCUGCGCAAGAUGCGGGAGUACGGAGUCGAAAGGGACCUGGCCGUCUACAACCUGCUGCUUGACAUCUUCCCCAAGGAGGUCUUCCAGCCUCGCAGCGUCUUCCAGAAAAUCUUCAUUCACUACCCACGGCAGCAGGAGUGUGGGAUUGCGGUCCUGGAGCAGAUGGAAAACCACGGGGUGAUGCCCAACAAGGAGACAGAGUUCCUGCUGGUUCAGAUAUUUGGGCGCAAAAGCUACCCCAUGCUCAAGUUCGUGCGCAUGAAGCUGUGGUUCUCCCGCUUCAAGAAUGUCAACCCCUUUCCCGUGCCCCGAGACCUGCCCCAGGACCCCGUGGACCUGGCCAAGCUGGGCCUGCGACACAUAGAGCCUGACCUCAGCGCCAGGGUCACCGUCUACCAGAUGCCUUCGUCUAAAGAUUCCACAGGUACAGCAGAUCCCGAACAGCAUAUCGUAGGCAUACAUGUCACCAUACCAGGUAUCCAGAGCCCCGAUCAACAGGCCGCACUGGCUCGCCACAACCCAGCCCGGCCUAUCUUCGUCGAGGGCCCCUUCUCCCUGUGGCUCCGCAACAAAUGUGUCUACUACCACAUCCUCAGAGCAGACUUGGUGCCCCCUGAGGAGAGGGAAGUGGAGAAGAUUCCAGAGGAAUGGAACCUCUACUACCCGAUGCAGCUGGACUUGGACUAUGGGAGGAGUGGCUGGGAUGACUAUGAGUUUGACAUCAAUGAAGUGGAGGAAGGCCCUGUCUUCGCCAUAUGUAUGGCGGGUGCCCAUGACCAGGCCACACUGGCCAAGUGGAUCCAGGGCCUGCAGGAAACCAACCCAGCCCUGGCCCAGAUCCCUGUGGUCUUCCGUCUGUCUGCGUCCACUGGGGAGCUGCUGGCGACCUCAGGACUGGAUGAGCCGUCCCCGCCACCACCCAAAGGGCAGGAAGAAGAGGAAGAUGAUCCACAGCGACAGCAGCAGAGACAGAGCUGAGGCCUGAGCAGGCACAGGGGCAUGGGCUUGGACUGGUGUGAAAACGUGAGAUGACUUUUGAAUGUAAAGCAAAUAAAAGUUUUCUGGUUU